UGCGGUUGGGCGGGGGGGGCCUCCUAUAACCCUCAGGACGUUUUAUCUGUGGGCCCUCCGAUAGCGUCACAAGUCGGCGACUGAGCCUUGGCGGUGGUGGCCGAGGCGGCGAAGGCGGCAGCGGCGGCGACAGCUCUGGGGUUUGCGUCUCGGGGUGUGUCGGCCGCCGCUGCUGCUUGGGCCUGGUAUGUACAAAUGGCUGGUUAGGAUUCUCGGCACCAUUUUCCGUUUCUGUGACCGGCCGGUGCCCCCUACCCGGGCCCUCCUGAAGAGGCGGCGCUCGAACAGCACUUUGUUUUCUACAGUGGACGCUGAUGAAAUACCAGCUAAAAGACCAAGAUUAGAUUAUUUCAUUCACCAAGUCAAAACCAGUCUCUACAAUGCUGCCAGCUUAUUUGGAUUCCCAUUCCAGCUGACCACAAAACCCAUGGUAACUUCUGCUUGUAAUGGAACACGGAAUGUGGCCCCUUCAGGAGAGGUAUUUUCGAACUCUUCAUCUUGUGAACUGACAGGUUCUGGAUCCUGGAACAACAUGCUGAAACUGGGUAAUAAAUCUCCUAAUGGAAUAAGUGACUAUCCAAAGAUCAGAGUGACAGUAACCCGAGAUCAGCCCCGCAGAGUCCUGCCUUCCUUUGGUUUUACUUUGAACUCAGAGGGGUGUAACAGAAGACCAGGUGGCCGUCGUCAUAGCAAAGGCCCUUCAGAGAGUUCCUUAACCUGGAAGCCUCAGGAACAGGUUGUAACAGAGAUGAUUUCUGAAGAGGGUGGCAAGGGUCUGAGGCGUCCCCACUGUACCGUGGAGGAGGGUGUUCAAAAAGAGGAAAGAGAGAAAUACCGAAGGUUAUUGGAGCGACUUAAAGAAAGUGGUCAUGGAAACUCUGUUCCUCCUGUAACUCCAACUUAUCACAGCUCUCAAAGAAGUCAGAUGGACACAUUAAAGACCAAAGGCUGGGGCGAAGAGCAAAGUCACGGAGUCAAAACAACUCAGUUUGUUCCAAAACAAUACAGAGUUGUUGAAACAAGGGGACCUUUAUGCUCAGUGAGAAGUGAGAAGAGGUGUUGUUCAAAGGGGAAAAUUUCUGAUACAGAGAGGACAGUUGGAAUCAGACUUGAAAAUGAAGGUAGGAGGGGACACCAGCUGGAACCUGACCUAUCCGAAGAGGUGUCAGCUCGACUCCGCCUGGGCAGUGGGAGCAAUGGCUUACUCAGGAGGAAAAUGUCAAUACUUGAGACGAAAGAAAAACAUUGCUCAGGCAAAGAGAGGGAUAAAAGGAUGGAUGAUCUUCUUGAACUUACAGAGGACAUGGAAAGGGAAAUCAGUAAUGCCCUAGGUCAUGGCCCACAGGAUGAGGUCCUAAGUAGCGCUUUCAAGUUGCGAAUCACUCGAGGUGAUAUCCAGACCUUGAAGAACUACCACUGGCUCAAUGAUGAAGUCAUUAAUUUUUACAUGAAUCUUCUGGUGGAAAGAAACAAAAAACAAGGGUAUCCAGCACUUCACGCAUUCAGUACUUUUUUCUAUCCCAAAUUAAAGUCUGGUGGUUACCAAGCAGUGAAAAGAUGGACCAAAGGGGUCAAUCUCUUUGAACAGGAACUUAUUCUGGUGCCUAUUCAUCGGAAGGUACAUUGGAGCUUGGUGGUGAUAGACCUAAGAAAAAGGUGUCUUAAAUAUCUGGAUUCUAUGGGACAAAAGGGCCACAGGAUCUGUGAGAUUCUCCUUCAGUAUUUACAGGAUGAAAGUAAGACCAAAAGAAAUAUUGAUCUGAAUCUUUUAGAGUGGACCCACUACAGCAUGAAGCCACAUGAGAUUCCUCAACAGUUGAAUGGGAGUGAUUGUGGAAUGUUUACUUGUAAAUAUGCAGAUUAUAUCUCUAGGGACAAACCUAUCACAUUUACUCAGGUUUCUCCUCCUCUUUGGUGACCAGUGAGGCAGUUUGCAUAUCUCCGAACUCCAGUGUUCACUAGCUCCUGAGUAUUACUGAUAUUUUUGGCCAAAGGAGGAGGCAAGUAAGAGUGUGUGUGACAGCCCGGGGAAAUCAGGCCUUGUGAGAAGGUAAGCUGCGGGUCUGAGCUAGAACUGCAAAUACUGCCUUCCCUUUCUGUGCUGGUUACUUGAGGUCCUCCGGGGCUCUGUAUUUGAGCGGGAAUUCGAGUGUGUUGGGAACUCUUGAGAGUUUGUUUGUAAUAGUGGAUUCUCAACCUUUUUAUAACUGAGUCAGGACAACCCCCUUUAAAAUAUAUUUUUCUUCAGCAGACCUCAUUUGGGUAGAUGUUGUCUACCAAACUACUUACUGAAUAGGACUGGUAACCCUAUUCCAAGCUGGUGAGCAAUAUGAAGUAACUAGGGCUCCCAUGCUGAAUUAAUACAAUUCUAGUCUAAAAUAAAGGCACUUUUUAUUGGUUAGUUUUAGUAGUUUUACUAAGAAUAAAUGUGUGAUUUUUUUUUUUUACUCUAUGUUUUGAACUAUUUAAAAUAACUUACACAUCCAUGUAUUAAGGCUUUUUAGGCCCCUCCAGGUAGGAAAUCACUAGUUUAUAGUAAAGUGGUAUAUCCAUCUUAUAAUGAGAUACCAGGAGUACUUCAAGGGUGUGAACUUCUGAUUUCAUCAAAAAGAGGACUAGUUGAGUUACAGGUAAUUUUGGAUUUGUCUUGUGUGUUGCUGCUUUGGAAAUUGGCCCAUGUAGUGAUUAUCAUAAAGCAGAAUAAUAUAUUGAGCCAAGCCAUUUCCUUUUUUGAUGCUUCUAAGUAACAAGGAGUUAUUUGCUGUCCGAACCUACUGACGUGAGAUUUGAAGGGCAGAAGUUGCCAUUUGAACAGAAUUGACAAUGUAUAACGUUUGGUAAAACAGGGAGAGAUUUUUGAAUGUUUUUUCCUUUAUUUAAAUAGAGUUCAUGUUUUUCUCGAAAAAGCAAAAUAUGUUCAUUGUAGAAUGUUCUGUAAGUAUAUGUAAGUAGAAAAGUUCCAUAUUAUGCUACCACUUGGGGUUUCCAUUUUGGUUCACGUCUUUGUGCUAUGACGUAGUUGUGGGAUUCUAUUGUAUAAUUCUGCAACCCGCUUUGAUUUUCCUUAACGUGUAAAACUGCUUCUGAUAACAGACAUUAUAAUAAGAACAUUAUAACCCCCUUAUCUAUGGCUUUGUAAGUCUGAACCAUGACAUAAAAGAGUCAAGGCUUCUGUAAAGGACAUGGUUUAUUUACGCGAUUGCGCCCCGAGGGUUACUGUGCGGCAUAUGAUGUGUUGUUUGUGGACUGCAGCACCAGAUGCCUCUCUUCCGGAAGAAGAUGGUGUGGGAAAUCCUUCAUCAGCAGCUGCUGUGAGAGUGCCCCGCCCAGUCCCUCGAGCUGCUGG